AAUUAUAGGGUUUAAGUCAAGACGACGUAGCGGGCAGCACUAAAACCCUGAGAGAUCCACCCUCCCACCCGCCUGAAGCUCUCCUUUCUUGUCUCUCUUUUUUCAAUUUCCUUUAAUCAGCAGAUCAAAAUGGGGUUAUCCAAGAAGCUGUCAAGUAAAUCAAGCAGAGAUAGUGACGAUUUUGAAGAGUUUGAUGACAUGGAAAGCGAGCAGCUUCUUACUACCAUGGAAGAUUAUGAAGAUGAUAGGGAAGACGACGAAGAUGAAGAGGAUGAGGAGGAGGAGGACGGCGAAGAGGAAGAGGAAGAUGAGGACGAGGAGGAUGGAGAAGAAGGAGAGGAGCAAGAAGAAGAAGACGAAGAGAGUGGAAAAGAUGGCGAGAUGGAAGACCUUGAGAAAGAAUAUAUGAAUCUUCGCAAUCAAGAGCAAGAUAUAUGGAAGAAUCUUAAACGCCACAAGGAUGAAGAUCUCAUUAAAGGUCAAGCAGUGAAGAACCAGAAGGCUCUCUGGGACAAAACUCUUGAGUUCAGAUUCUUACUUCAAAAAGCAUUUGCAAACUCAAACAGAUUACCGCAGGAACCGGUUAGGUCUUCAUUUUGUGAUUCUGAUGAAGUAGUUGGGAUGGCAUAUGCUGAUGUGAUUACCUCAUCCAAGAAGACUUUGGAAUCUCUACUGGAACUACAGGAGGCUUUGCUCGAGAAGAAUCCAUCAAUUUCUCAAUCUUCUAAUGGUGAUUCUGGACAGGUCACUAAGAAGCAUUCAAAAGAUUCGACAAAUUCGGAUGCCGAAGAGGAUAUAGAUUGGUUAAGAAUUUCUGAGAUGCAAAAGAGAAUAGCUCCUUUCCGAAACAAAUCAAUAGAUAAAUGGCAGAGAAAGACACAGGUGACAACUGGUGCUGCUGCCAUGACAGGAAAAUUGCAGGCUUUUAAUCAGAAUAUCAGUGAACAAGUUGCUGCUUAUAUGAGGGAUCCAACUAAAAUGGUCAGGCAAAUGCAACAAAGAAGAUCAACCAUUGGUGUUUUUGGAGCUGUUCCUGAGUUGACAAGCAAUGCCAGUGGAGAGGAAACAUGUCCCGAUGGUGAUCCUGAACUUCUAAAUGAUACCGAAUUUUAUCAGCAGUUAUUGAAAGAAUUUUUGGAGAAUGUCGACCCCGCAUCCACCGAGGCGACCUUUUAUGCUCUAAAAAGGUUGCAAACUAAGAAGAGAAAGAUUGUUGAUCGGCGUGCUUCAAAGAGUCGAAAGAUCAGGUACAACGUCCAUGAAAAGAUUGUCAAUUUCAUGGCUCCUCAGCCAAUGAACAUUCCUCCCAUGGCCCCAAAAGUAUUUGAGAAUUUAUUUGGAUUGAAGACACAAAAGCCUGCUGUAGAUUCAUAACGUUAUUGUUGGAAUGUUUUGUCGGGGGGAUUUUGUAAUGUCAUCCUCCAAUAAACAAUUGCAUUUCUUUCUAGUUUACAAUUUAUUCCCUGGGAUUAUCCGCUGUAAGCUUGAACUUGGUGAUGUCAAUUCCAGAUUUGAGCA